UUCCCGCCCUCACGCGGCUCCCUCACGAAAUGGCGGCGGCCGAGUCCUUCCUCGCCUUCAACCCCGCGGGCGCCGCGGCCGCUUCCCGGCGCCGCUCCCGGGGGCCGCGGAACCGCAAGAAAGGCUGGAAACGCUGGAGCGGCCCCGAGGCGCGGCUGGGCCGCGAAAUCGGCGAUUUCCUGGAGGAUGUGGGGCUGCAGGAGCGAGCGGCGGGGGGCCUGAUCUCAGAGCAGCCCAGCGAGGACCUUUUCUUCCUGGACACUGGGACCACCCCCAAAAGGAAGAAGAAGCCCCCCCAGAAGCCCCUGCACGUGGACCUGGUGCUGCAGCCCCUCUCCAAGGUGCCUCCCCCCAAAAAGCCGGUGCCCGUGCCCGUUUGGCCGCCCAGAGGCCGGUGCCCGCGCCCGUGCCCGUUUGGCCGCCCAGAGGCGCCAGGGGCUGUUCCAGCUGCGCUCCCUGCGCCGCUCGCUGCUCCUGCGGGACCUGGAGCUGCGGCGCCGGCGGCUCCUGCGGGAGCGGAACCGGCGCUGCGGGAAACGGCCCCGAAGCGGCUGGGACGGCUCCGCUACGAGGAGCCUGAGCCCGAGGUGCAGCUGAGCGAGGAGAUCGCAGAGUCCCUGAGGAGCCUCCGGCCCCAGGGGAACCUGCUCAGGGAUCGAUUCCGGAGCCUGCAGAGGAGGAACGUGCUGGAGCCGCGCCUCAGGGCCAGGUUCAAGCGGCGCUACCGGGUGAAGUACGUGGAGAAGAGAUCCUUCCGAGCCGUGACGCUCUGACCGGGACCCCCCACCCAAAAUAAACCCUUGGAGCAGCCUUGAGCCUGGGGGGCUUCUGUGGGCAUCGGGGACAAUUCUGGGGGGUCUGGGACAAUUCUGGGGGGUCUGAGCCCAUUCUGGGG